AUGCUUGCCCUCGUGAGAACACGGCGGUUCCAUUCCUAUCCCCCGUCUCUCCCCCUUCUCUCCCCCUCCCUCCCCCCUUCCCUCCCCCCACCCCCCUUUCUCGCUUUCCUCCGCUUUCCUAUCUUUUCACUGCUCUUCCUCCGGCCCCCCUCCUCCCCAUUCCUCGCUUCUUCCCCUCCCCGAACCCUCCCCCACUUCAACCUUCCCCUUCCUCCCGCCCCUUCAUUUGCAGUUUCCGUCCGUCUCUCCCUAUUCUCCGUUCGCGAGCCCGUCGCAACAACGGCUGGGCGACUCCACCCAGAUGAAAAUAUGAUGCCUCUCAAUCCAAUGUCCUCAAUCCAACUUUCCCCCCCACUCCCGCUUUCUAAACUCGCUCUUCUCUCCCUCUCAGCCCUCCUCCUCUCUCCCUUUCUCGUUCUCUCUCUUUGCCUCCCUCACUUCCCCUAUAUAUCGCUCAAUCCCCCCUCCCCCAACCCCUUCAACACCCCCGCCCCUCCCCGCACCUCUCACCCGCCUCUCCCCUCGCCAUUCUCCGCUUUCCCUUCGCCUCUCCCCCGUACGCUCGCGGGGAACCUCCACCACCACUCCCCCCCCCAACUCACGACCACGAACAGGGGCGAGACGCUGUGGGGCAUAUCGCAGCGGUACGGCGUGCGAGUGAAGGACAUACUGCGCGCCAAUGGACUCACGGACGUGCACCACGUGGAGCUCGAAACCACUCUCUUCAUCCCCCGCUCUGCUGCCUCCACCGCCGCCGCCGCCGCCGCUGCUGCUGCUGCUCCAGCUGCUGCUCCUGCCGCUUCUUCCGAUGCUGCUGCUCUUUCUGCUGGCACUCCUGCGCUGCACACGAGCGCAAACACCCAGAGAAACUUCGGCAGCAGUAGCAGGAGUGGCAAUACCGCUCCCGUUCCAGCCACUGCUGCCGCUGCUCCCACCACCACCGUCGCUGGUAGCAGCAGCUCUUCAGCUUCCCUUUCCUCUGAUUCAGCCUCUGCCACUGCUGCUGGGAGGACAGGCAGCAGCAGCAGAAGUGAUGGGAGGGCGAGGGCAGCGGCGAGUGGAAAGCCGCGCUUGUUCUUUCAGAAUACUAAUCUGGAGCAGUCUGAGGAGCUGGCGCUGCUACAGGCACGGGCAAGGCACCAGGAUACAUGGAGUUGCAUAAAGGGAACCGUCUCCUCCCUCUACUCCUCCCUUCACUCUUCUCUUCCCCAGCAAUGGCACUCUUCCACUGCUGCUGCUCCCAUACACCCCACCACCGCCCCUUGCUCUCUCUCCUCCUCCUCCUCCUCCUCCUCCUCCCACCCCACCCUCUUCAAAGGGCCCCUUCUCGUCUCUCUUGUUGCGUCGCUUUCCCUCGCGCUCCUCCUCUCUCUCCUCUCCUUCCUCCGUCCGGUCUUUCUCCGCUUCCGCGCGCUACAAGCAGAGAGAGAGGCAGCCACCGCCACUGCUAACCCCCUUACCCCUUUUGGGGGGUUGGGAAUGGGGGUGGCACAGAGAGGGGGGGGUCAGGGCGGAGGGGGGGUGAUAACAGAUAGCACUGGUGUUGGUGCUGGGAUUGGUGGGGAUGAAAAUGGGAGAGGAGGGAUGGGAGGGGGAGGGGAUGGUGGUGUGGGGGUGAGUGGCGGAGGGGUGCCCUUGCUGGGUGCUACAGCAGCGUUGAUGCUGAACGAAGAUCGACGGUUGAGAUCGGCUGACUGGAUUAGGUCGAGAGGGGGAGCCUCGGCUGCAGCUGCUGCUGGUUCCGUUGCUGCUGGCAUGGGUCGGCCGGACCUCAUGCCAGAGGACGUGGCUAGGGAUUACGAGGACAUAGGUCGGCCGGACCUCACACCAGAGGACGUGGCUCGGGAUUACGAGGAGAUAGUGAGGUGCUAUCACGAGGGCAUGGCCUCGUCCUAUGAGUCCUUUCUGCGCGACAGUGGCGCCAUGUCUGCCGGCCGCUUCCGGGGCGGCAUGCCCCCCAAAUUCAGGCCCAAGCCGAAGCAGCGGUGA